AGGCGCAUGCUCAGAGAGUGAUCGCGCUGGGGCGCAGAGUGGGACGUGACGCCGGCAAGAUGGCGAAGGUCUCGGAGCUGUACGACGUGACCUGGGAAGAGAUGCGUGAUAAAAUGAGGAAGUGGAGGGAAGAAAACUAUCGGAACAGCGAGCAGAUAGUGGAAGUUGGUGAAGAGUUAAUUAAUGAAUAUGCAUCUAAGCUUGGGGAUGACAUAUGGAUAAUAUAUGAACAGGUGAUGAUUGCUGCCCUGGACUGCAGUCGGGAUGACUUGGCAUCGUUUUGUCUUCAGGAGCUAAGGCGACAAUUCCCUGGGAGCCACAGAGUUAAGCGAUUAACUGGCAUGAAAUUUGAAUACAUGGAAAGGUAUGAUGAUGCCAUCCAGCUAUAUGACAGAAUUUUACAAGAAGAUUCAACCAAUACAGCAACAAGAAAGCGUAAGAUUGCCAUUCGAAAAGCCCAGGGGAAAAAUGUUGAGGCCAUCCGAGAGCUGAAUGAGUAUCUGGAACAAUUUGUUGGGGACCAAGAAGCUUGGCAUGAACUUGCAGAACUUUACAUCAAUGAGCAUGAUUAUGCGAAGGCGGCCUUCUGUUUGGAGGAGCUUAUGAUGGCUAAUCCACACAGCCACUUAUAUUGUCAGCAAUUUGCUGAAGUUAAAUAUACCCAAGGCGGGCUUGAAAACCUUGAACUAUCAAGAAAAUAUUUUGCACAAGCAUUGAAACUGAACAACAGAAACAUGAGAGCUUUGUUUGGACUAUACAUGUCUGCCAGCCAUAUUGCUUCCAAUCCUAAAGCAAGUGCAAAAAUGAAAAAGGACAAUAUGAAGUUUGCCAGUUGGGCAGCUAACCAAAUCAAUAGAGCUUACCAGUUUGCAGGUCGCAGUAAGAAAGAGACCAAAUACUCUCUGAAGGCAGUGGAAGAUAUGUUGGAAGCCCUGCAAAUCACUCAAUCUUAGGCUGUCACAAAGAGGUUUAAUGUUAGAUUUUACAACUCCAUGUUCAACCUUUAAUGAUCUAUGAGUUAUGUUACUUUAAAUGCCUAAUUCCAUUGUUAGUUAACGUGCUAUCUUAAAGGAUGUUUUUAUGAAAAUUUAAAAUGUCUAUUUAUUGCUGCUGUGAAGAAGACACAUGAAAACUCACUGAAAUGUGUAACUUAUCCCGGGAAGAUAACAAAGAAAUUAAAUGUAUUGCACAUCAGUCUCUUCAGAUCUUGUAUGUACAGUGACUGCUUUUUAAGCCAUAACCUGAUGUAGAAAUAAACUUGUUAAAUGAUCAAUUACA